ACAACAUCGACAAUUUUUUUUACUUGCAAAUGACACAUUGUAUGAAAGGUACUCUUUUACAUGUCAAAACCAAAUUUACCAGUAUUUGAUUCACACAUAUAAUGGACGCAUUGGGCAAUGCUUCCUUUUGUGGAAAAUUUGAGAGAGAUAAGAAUUUUGAAGUUGCAAAGACACAUUUUACCAACAUGAUAUGCGAUUAUUGUUCCUGGAUCAACGAGAUCUUGGCCAGAAUUAAUUCCGAGACGCAGAAGAGAAAAGAGAGAGAAAAAAAAAUGCCGCGGGUGGAUCCGGUUGUUGUUGUUCAUGGAGGUGCCGGGAAAAUUCCUCGAUACGCGCAAAAAUUUAUGCUCGACGAGGUGAAGAAAGCCGCUGUGAUAGCGUAUCGCAAUCUUCUUAAGGGAUGCUGUUCGUUGGACGCAGUCGAGCAUGCAAUUUGUCACAUGGAGAGCAAAAAGUAUUUUAAUUGCGCGUACGGAGGCUCCUUAGAUGCUAAUGGGGAGGUCGUGAUGGAUGCUGCGAUAAUGACUAACGAUUUACGUGCUGGUUGCGUAGGCGCCGUCCGAAAUAUAGCACAUCCUAUAACGUUAGCCAAACUGGUCCUGCAAAAUACGGAACAUGUGUUGAUAGUCGAGGACGGAGCGCAAAAGUUCGCCUCGGAAUCAAAUCUUCCUACAUUGUCAUCUGGUCAGCUGAUUGCAACAUUUGAUUCAAAGACGUUACACGAAGAAGAUGAUGGUAAUUAAUAUAAUAUAAUAAAGACAGAAAUAAAUGAAAGAAAUAACUAUAUAAUUACAAAUAUUAAUUAUGAAAUUGACAAUACACAACAGCUAUUACAAGAUGGACAGAAAUUCGAUACAAAAAAAUGUAUACCGGAAUGUGUAAUUGAAAGACAAAAAGGAGACGAAAAAACCUCGGAAGUCGAAAUGAUUCAAUCAAACGAAUCUUUGAUGAUCGAGCCUAAUAUUUUACAGCUCGGCGCGGUCGGGGCGGUGGCGUACGACUCUAAAAAGCGUCUUGCUAGCGGGACUUCGACAGCUGGAGAAGCGGGAAAGCUGUAUGGAAGUGUGAGUGCAACCGGAACGGCAAUCGGUUGUGGCAUUUACGUCGAUCAGGGUGGCUCGGUGUCCAUCUCGGGUUGCGACGAAGCUAUCUAUAGGUGCGCACCGGCACAGCGAAUUCUACGGCGAUGCGAGGCGACGUCGAUCGACGAAGCGGUUUCCGCGAUAUUACGGGACUUUAAGAAACAGAUCGACGUGGGCGUGAUUGCAGUGACCGCCGAAGGAGUGCCGUUCGUGUCCUUCAAGUGCCCACACUUUCCCUGGGCGUACUGCGACAAGGGCUAUGUGUAUUACGGAUGCGCAAGAAACGAGAAAUUCUCAGAGAAGCUCGACGUCCUCGAACGUCCACUAGACUGCGUGUGCGAAGAUUCCGAUUAGCUAAUCAAGCAGAAGAUUCUACCAAACUUGAACAAAAUCACAAGUUGCAGCUCCAACUCAAUAGUAUUCCAUGUUUAACUUACGGGAAAAAUAACGCCAUAAUUGCCGUCGUAAGGCCCGUACAACGAAAACGCAGGUGUCUGUCCGCUGUAUGUCUUCCCAAACAGCUUAUCUAUUUCGAGCAGCAUGGAAUAUAUCUCCUGACGUCUUAGAUCCGUGAUAUUCUCAUGUGUUACUAUCUAUCAAAACAGAAGAAAUACAUUUACAAGCAAAAUUACAAACUGAGACAAGAAAAAGGGAAAGUCUACAUUCACAACAACACACGUAACAUUAAGUUGCUGUUAAAAAGAGAGAAGAACUACCGAACCAAGAGUUGUCCAAGUGAGUAAAUAUGGAGCUUUAUGCGAGGUUUCUGCCAAGGUUGGACCUAAUAUCCUGUACUUGGGUUUCACAUUUAUAUUCCUAUGAUCAAUCUUCUCAUAAGAAAAAUCACCUGCGAUAUUAUAAAAGAAUUACAUACGUACUCAAUUGAUAAUCAAAUAUCGCAUCCGACGACCAUGGACCAGCGAUGCAAGCCACUUCAAAGAAUUUGGACAAAGCGUGCAUUCUGUUCUCGAAUAGUGUCAUAUUGAAAUUGCAUUCUUUGGGAAUUAUCAAAUUUUCGAGAUACUGAAAUAUACGAGGGAUUGAUAAUAUGUCAGAUGCGUUCAGCUAAGAAUAUGUCUGUAGAAGAUGAUCGGACUUUGAGAAUAUAUCAUCCAACACAAUCAAGCAUGUGUAGACAAAAAACUUACACUGAACUUAAAAAUCUGCAACGUAUGUUAACGAAAAGACGAGUGACGACCGAUCGAAAUCUUCCGACUGUCCGGCGACUUGGAUCGCACACAGCUGAUGCUCCUUACUGCUGAUCCGACCGAUUUCGUCAAUAUUUGCGUGUGUGUGUGGAUGUAGGAAACUGGAAUCACAUUAAUCUGGUGGGAGAGAGAGAUUGAAAUGGGGAGACUUCUGUAUAAUGUACGUUGCAUAUUAUGUUGCGAAAAUUACAUUGCUCGUGAG